ACCACCUCCGCCGUCGCCGUCCCCCUCGUCCUCGACGCUUGCUGUAUAGAAGUGCCCGUCAGGGUCGCAGCCCGCUCGCCUUUCCGCUCACCCUCUUGUCCACCUCUCUACCCCUGCGCGUCUAGCGAUGUCAGAACCUAUCGCAGAAAAGGAGGCCGGGCCUGCUCCCACUGAGCAGCCCGAGGCUCAGGAGCCGGAGAAAAGAAAAAGGGAAUACAAGGACUUUGGUCACGAGGAGGAGAAACCCACCCACGCCAAUGUCGAUAUGUCCACUAUCGAGCUCAAGGCGGAGGACCUCUACGACAAGGAGAAGGUGGACUUGGAGACCAUCGUCAUUGAGGACGUCUUCAAACUCCUCCAGUGUGACGACAAAGGUUUAACUAAGGAGGAGGCUCAACGCCGGUUGGAGAUUUUCGGCCCGAACAAGCUCGAGCAGGAGGAGCAGAAUGCUUUCCUUCAGUUCUUGUCGUUCAUGUGGAAUCCGCUCUCCUGGGUCAUGGAGGGCGCCGCCCUGGUCGCUAUCGUCUUGUCCAACGGUGAACACCGUCCCCCCGACUGGGAGGAUUUCGUCGGUAUCGUCGCCCUUCUCCUGAUCAACUCCGGUAUCGGUUUCUACGAGGAGCGUAACGCUGGUAACGCCGUCAAGGCGCUCAUGGACUCCCUUGCCCCCAAGGCCAAGGUCAAGCGUGACGGAAAGUGGGACGAGAUCGAGUCUUCGGAACUCGUGCCCGGUGACAUGGUUUCCUUCAAGAUUGGUGACAUUGUUCCGGCCGACUGUCGUCUCACCGAGGCCAUCAACGUCUCCAUCGACCAGGCUGCUCUUACCGGCGAGUCCCUGCCCCAGAGCAAGAAGGUUGGCGACCAGUGUUUCUCUGGUUCCACUUGCAAGCAGGGCGAGGCCGAGGGUGUUGUCAUCUCCACCGGUGCCAACACUUUCUUCGGUCGUGCUGCGUCGUUGGUUGGCCAGGACGACGACACCACCGGUCACUUGCAGAAGAUCUUGGCCCAAAUCGGAUCUUUCUGCUUGGUCUCCAUCGGUAUCUUCGUCAUUGCUGAGAUCCUCGUCCUCUACGCCGGUUUCCGCUACAACUACCGUCGCGGCCUCGACGACAUUCUGGUGCUUUUGAUCGGUGGUAUCCCCAUUGCUAUGCCCACUGUCUUGUCCGUCACCCUCGCCGUUGGUGCUCAGCAGCUCGCUAAGCACAAGGCCAUCGUCACCCGUAUCACCGCUAUUGAGGAGUUGGCUGGUGUCACCAUCCUUUGCUCCGACAAGACGGGUACUUUGACCACCAACAAGCUCACCAUCGACCGCAACCUCGUUAAGACCUACGGCCCCUUCACCGCCGAGGACGUCAUUCGCCUGGCUGGCUACGCUUCUCGUACUGAGAACGCCGACGCUAUCGACCAGUGUGUCGUCGGCGCCGCUGGUGGCAAGGAGCACGCUCAUGAUGGUAUCGAGCUUCUCGACUUCAAGCCUUUCAACCCUGUCGACAAGCGUACCGAGAUCACCUAUCGCGAGACGUCGUCUGGCAAGCUGAAGCGUGUCACCAAGGGUAUGACCGGCAUCAUCAUCGAGCUCUGCACGCGCAACAAGACCGAUGAGAUUGAGAACCGCCUGGAGGCUGAUGUCGAGGAAUUCGCCACUCGUGGUCUCCGUGCGCUCGCGGUUGCCUACGAGGAGCUUGACGGUCAGGACCACGAGGGCGAGGGUAACGGUUUCGAGCUCAUCGGUCUCCUCGCCAUCUUCGACCCUCCCCGUGACGACACCAAGCAGACCAUCGACGAUGCCCUUGCUCUCGGCGUCAAGGUCAAGAUGGUUACCGGUGACCAGCUCGCCAUCGCUAAGGAGACUGGUCGUCGUCUCGGUCUUGGUGAUCACAUGUACCCCGCCAAGGUUUUGAAGGAAGGUCCCGCCGCUGGUGGCAAGCACGCUACUCUCGACGAGAUGAUCAUGGACGCCGACGGUUUCGCGGGUGUCUUCCCCGAGCACAAGUACGAGAUCGUCAAGCGUCUCCAGGCUCUUGGUCACUUGUGCGCCAUGACUGGUGACGGUGCCAACGACGCCCCUGCCUUGUCUCGCGCCAACGUCGGUAUUGCUGUCGAGGGUGCGACCGACGCUGCUCGUGGUGCCGCCGAUAUCGUCUUGACUGAGCCCGGUCUGUCCACCAUCGUCCACGCUAUCCGCGGCUCGCGUGUCAUCUUCCAGCGUAUGAGGAACUACUCCAUCUACGCGUGCGCUGUCACCAUCCGUAUCGUCGUCUGCUUUGCCAUCCUCGCGUUCGCUUGGAAGUUCGACUUCCCUCCGUUCAUGGUCCUGAUCAUCGCUCUCCUCAACGACGGUACCAUCAUGACUUUGUCCGUUGACCGUGUCUUGCCCUCGAACACUCCGGACAGCUGGGACUUGGCCGAGAUCUUCUCUUACGCCGUUGCCUACGGUUUGUACCUGACCGCUUCUACUGUCGCUCUCGUUGCUGUCAUCCUCGAGACGAGCUUCUUCCAGGACAAGUUCGGCGUUCGUCUCAGCGGCAACCUCACCGACCACAGGAACGACCCCCAGCUGCACACCAUUGUCUACCUGCAGGUGGCCGUCAUCUCUCAGGCUUUGAUCUUUGUCACCCGGUCGCACGGCUUCUUCUUUAUGGAGCGCCCGUCGUUCGCCCUUAUGGGUGCCUUCGUCAUCGCCCAGGUCAUCUCCUCCAUCAUCGCUGCUUACGGUAACUGGGGCUUCACCAACAUCCACGCUAUUGAGGGUGGUUGGAUUGGUAUCGUUUGGGUCUGGAACAUCAUUUGGUUCAUUCCCCUGGACUGGAUCAAGUUCGCCAUGAAGGCCACCGUCAUCAAGCGCCUCCGUGAGCGUCACCAGGCCGCUGCUGCUCAGGAGAUGCAGCAGACCGGCGGUGUUCCCCUCACCCGCACCCAGUCACGCGCUGCUUCCGUCCACGAGUCUCUGUACAAGAACCGUACCUCCUUCAUCCGCAGGGCUGCUCGCAAGGUUGGCUUCGGUGGCAAGAUCAAGAUGAACCCCCAGGAGCUGCAACGCUUCAGCAGUAUCCAGGCUGCUCAGACUGGUCAGGUCCUCGCGCGCCAUCCCAGCCGGCCCACCGCAUAGACGACAUUAAACCGUAUCCUAUCCGUACAUACCCCUAAUACUAGUGAGACCCAUCAUGUCUGGUGUCAAUUGCAAUAUAUCCCUUCCUUCCAGCAUCAUCCCCUUCGUACGCGUAAUAUCCACCCAUCCUCGCAUUGGCAUCGGCGUCCAACUGGUCGGCCUUCUUGUAUAACGGGUCUGUAUUGUGGACUCCUCGGUUUACGUUCUCUUCCUCUUCUAUUGACAUGUCGAGUUUGGUAAUUACGAAGCUGCUUGUUUAACGUUUUAUCUCAUGAUGUAGCGGUUGUGUUGCGACCGCAAUAAUUACAUAGUUUGGAUUCGAAAAGCAAUGCAAAAUAGACUUCAUCCUCA